AGAACGCAGAAUCAAUUGAUCUCAAACAGUUUUUUGACCUACAUUUCUCACACAUAUAUUAUGUCUUCUUUGAAAACUUUGUGACUAUUGAAGUAGGUCUUAAACAAAAAGGUCACAAGUCUCAGAGAGAAGAAUUAGAUUCUAUUCUUUUUAUUUUUGAGAAAAUUUUGCAACUCCUUCCAGAAAGGAUUCAUCAGAGGUGGCAGUUUCAUAGUAUUGGGUUGAUUUUAAAGAAGCUUCUUCACACUGGAAAUUCAUUAAAGAUACGUCGAGAGGGCGUGCGUCUCUUUCUUUUGUGGCUGCAAGCACUUCAAAAUAACUGUAGUAAAGAACAAUUAUGGAUGUUUUCUUGCUUGAUUCCUGGAUUUUCAUCACCACAAUCUGAAUAUGGCCCCCGAACAUUAGAUAAUCUCAUUAAUCCUCCACUGAAUGUUCAAGAAACUCAAGUGACUAUAGAGGAAAUCACUCCACUUGUUCCUCCACAAUCAGGAGAUAAAGGACAAGAAGAUUUAACAAGCUAUUUCUUGGAAGCCCUUUUGAAAUACAUAGUAAUUCAG